AUGAAGAUCGCCGUCGUGUCCGCCUUCUUGGCCGCCGUCUCGGGCGCCUCGGCCGGCGUCCUCGUCAAGCGGCCGGCCGCACCGCCGGCCGCCUCUUCGUCGCCGCCCGUCCGUGGCGGCUGCCGCCCCCGUGCCAACGACCUGUACGCCUGCUUCCUCAGCGCCACCCACGAGGCCCUCGACUACUGCAGCACCGCCGCCGGCCUCUACGUGCCGGCGGAGACGCACACGGUGUUUGAGCCCGGCCCGACCGCGUACGUCCGCGUGGCGGCCGAGGUGGUGUCGGUGACGUCGACGGCCAUCGUGUCGACGGCGACUGUCACCAGCACGACCGGCACCGUCACGUCCUUUGCCUCGACGGCGACGUCGACGGUGACGAGCACGCAGGUGUUGGUGCUGUACGUAUACGAUAAGCGAAACGGCAACGGCAGCGGCAGCGGCGGCGGUGGCCGGCUGGUGCUGGUAGACCGGGCCGUGGUGACGGCGGCGGCUGCUGCUGCCACGUGGGACGACGCGCGCACCGUCACGGCUCACGUCGUGAAGCGCGUGACGGUGACGAGUACAAUCAAGACGUGCACGGCGUCGACGUCGACGGUGACGGUGACGACUCUGAAGAAGCGGGCGACGGCCACCAUCCAGGGUCGUGACGCGGCGCCGCCGUCCUCUGCCUCCUCUGCCACCGUCUCCGUGUCUGGCGCCCCGGAACCAUUGUGCGUCUCGGCUCUGCGCCCCGCCGCAACGGUGGUCUCGUCGGCGUGCUCGGAGCUGGUGGCGACGUACGGGGCCACGCCCGCGGCGGUGACCGACGUGAUUGUGCUGCCGGCGACCACGGUGACGGUGUCGGAGGGCGUCUCGUCGGCGCGGACAGCGGUGGAGGCGACGGCGACGCGGACGGUGCUGACGGUCCUGGAGGUGACGGCCGUGACGACGACGACGGUGUCGACGUGCACGGUGGUGACGUCGACCAUCACUGUGUCGAUGUAG